AUGCAGUUCGGAGAAUCGGAACAAGGAAAAGUGAUAUGCACGAAAGUUAGACUACGGUUUAUUCCCAUCAUUUUGAAAGAAAGAGAUGUUCCACAGAGAUCUAAAUUUUUUGACGAUUUCUACGAUGUGCCUCUCACCGCGAUCGCCAAGAUGGAAGUUGCAUUGGUCAGAGGUGGGAGUCGAGGAAAACCGGAUAAAUUUCACCGAAUAGAGUACAGUAUUUCUAGCAUGGAAACUGCCUCAGUCAUUAGACUGACAUUGAAGGAUAUGCGAGUGGUCACAAUCGAUUUAAGACGAUCUCAAAACGGAACUCAUUUGGCCAAUCAGAUUUUGUUUUUCUCAAAAAGUGGACCGAUUGAAAAGAUGACUCAAGUGGGAGCGGCGAUGGAAGAUCGAGGACAGAAAGCGAAAAUGCCUUACAAUGGAUACGAUGCGUGGCAUGCAGAGUUACAGAGAUGUCAACAGAAAACUGAUUCAUCUUCAAAAUGGAACAUUCUAGCUCUCCACAAAGAUGGAUUGAAUCCCCCUGGUCAAGGAUAUCCGUUGUAUGUAGUGGUGUGCAAUAUUUUGUCCAGACAAGAUCUCGAUAGGCAAAUGCGGCAUUUUAAACAUGGAAGGUUUCCGAUUUGGGUGUGGUCUAGAGCCAACGGAAAUGGAUCUUUGUUCAUUUCGGCCGACCAUGAACACAAUGUAGCGACGUCCGAAAUUCUAGCAAAAGUACAAGAUAGUAUUGCACGAUGUCAUCCGGAAGGUGAAAAACCGCAUAUUUUGAAAUUAGAUUCAGGAUUUGUUGCUCGUAUCGGGAAGGCUUUCGAUAAUCUUUUAUCGCUAUGUGCAAUUGAUUCCUACGAGCAAUAUGUGUCUCGACAGAGAAGUUGGAGCACAAAAGUACAUCGAACUGGAUGGUUACAUGCCGUACAAUCUUGUCUAGAAGUGACUCAUGAAACUGUUCGAUGGUUAAUUGAUAAAGAUCGUUCGGUAAUUUUACAAGAAGAGGAUGGAAAAGAUCUAUCGAUCGUGGUGGCUAGUUUGGUUCAGAUUUGUUGUGAUCCUUUCUAUAGAACAACUACAGGCCUCCAUCAGCUAAUUGAAAAAAUGUGGAUUGCGCUGGGCCACCCGUUUGGAGAACGUCUUCUAUCAACAGAGCAAGAGAAGAAACAACUGACGAAAAUGCCAUCUUCGAAAACAGGCAUCAAUCCGACGUGGCUUCUGUUUUUGGAUUGUAUUGCUCAGCUUCACAGAAUAUAUACAUUCGAAUUCACAUUCUCUCCACAUGUUCUCAUUGCGCUUUGGGAUCUCUCGCUGACUGGAAUGGUUCCAUCGAUGACGUGUAACAACCUACAAGAACAACUAGUUGCUCAUGUAGGCGGUGGACCAUUCCCUCUGGAUCGAUAUUAUGAGAAGAGUUAUUUGAAGAUGUUCGGAAAUGUUUGGCACGAUUCAUCACUUUUUAUAGAGUCAAUCAAGAAAAAUCAGCCAAUUUCUCCCCACUCCAAGUUUUUGCGAUGCGAAUCCAUCCGUCCUCCGACUGAAUUCUGUGAUAUCCAUCUCUGGUCAGACUGCUAUCUCCGAUGGAUUCUUCCAGCAAAUGGCAAAAAUUCUGGAAACCUUUCUGAUGAGCAGGCUCUCGAUGAAAAGAUGAUAGAGAUGGCGAAAAAAUGGAGAAGCACUGAAUGGAAGAAACAUUUGGAACUGCCAGAAGAAUACUCCUCUGCGUACCCCUACUCGAUUCCUGAAAUUUCGAGGCCUAUCAUGGAAUUGAAUGAUUCGGAUAUGAGACGUCCCGAUGAUUUGGAUUCGAUUUCAUUAGAUUCUACCUUCAAUAAUUCCAUUUCAUUUACACAAACGCCAGUCCGUAAUAAUGCUACCACUGAACCGAUAUUCGACCAAUCGACACUGGAGAGAAGAAAUCGAAAAGCAGCUGAAACAAUCGGAUCGGAAUCCCCGGUGAUUGUGAUGCGUCCCAAAGAACAAAUCGUUGGAUUUUCAAAAUACGCAUUCGAUGAAACUCCUUCCCGACGACAGCACUCGAAAACUAUUGAGACUCCGAUUUUGGAUAGUUUCCCAGCAAAAUACGAACACGCCUACCAACCAACUCCGGCUCGUCGAAGUAACACUGUUCGCUCGGAUCGUCCUAUUCCUCCACCACGCCCAGCUGGAUUGACUCCUUCUCGACCGGAAGCCAUCCUUCGUGUUCAUAUAGACCACCAUGAUGAUACCAGUCCGACAACUCGUGUCACUCGUUUCUAA